AUGGGGGCCUCUCUGUCGUGUGGAUAUGGAUCUAAAGUGCUGCCACUACAUGGACAAGGAAGUUACAGUGUUGGCUGUGCUGAUAUGAUGGUGAAAGAUGGACCGAAUGGAGACACGGGGAUUUUCAUGAGAAUCUACUAUCCUGUUGAUAAUAAGGAUAUUGAUGAGAAUCAAAAGGAGGAAGACUAUGCGUUGUGGAUUCCACGAAAAGAAUACCUCCAAGGAUUGGCCGCCUCGAUGAAGAUACCGACAUGGCGGCUACAAUUGAUAUCCGAUUGGGUGAUCGGUGAGAAAAGAAUGCCGGCUUUAUGGGAACGACCACUCUCGGGGAGUAAACUGCCUAUGCAUCAAGUUGCCUCCUCUUUUUCAAUGGACGAUUUUGCGAUGGCUGCAGAUCCUAGCUUCAAACCAAGAAAAUUCCCAACAUCCCUCUCGAUGCAAUCCUUCUCCCAGCAAACAUUCCCUGUCAUCGUUUUCUCCCAUGGAUUAUCUGGAGCCAGAUUUAUGUAUUCAACUUAUUGUGCCUCACUGGCGAGCUACGGCUUUGUGGUGGCCGCCGUCGAGCAUCGAGAUUUCUCCUCCUGUUGGACGUAUAAAAUGGUCCCCGAUCCACUCGAUGGUCGAUACAAAGAGAAAGAAGUGAUGAUGAGAAUCUUGAAUCCGAAUGAGAACGAGGUGAAAGUCAGAGUGCCACAGUUACACAAACGAGUCUCGGAAAUGGUGAAAGCUCUUCAUUUACUUGAGGAACUCAAUCUAGGACUAAUUGGUGCAAGAGGAGAGAAAUCACAGCGAAUCGUUGUUGGAGAACAUUUCAAUUGGAGACAAUUUAAGGGUCGAUUAGAUCUCUCCCGAGCCGCUGCAGUUGGCCACUCGUUUGGCGGUGCCACAGCGCUUGGAGCCACCGCUUUCUCUACAGAUUUCCAGGCUGCAGUCGUUUGGGAUGGUUGGAUGUUGCCCGUUGAAGAGCAAAUGUAUGAAAGAUUCACUCAGCCGACACUUUUCCUUAAUUCUGGCUCAUGGCAAUGGCGAAAAAACGUUGACAAAAUGCUGAAAGUUGAUCGAUGUGAGAGGACAUUGUUCACGUUUUUGAACACCACUCAUCAAGCAUUUUCCGAUUUCUCUCAUCUAUUGAGGAAUCAAUAUCUUGCUAAAAGAAUGGGUUUUAUUGGAGAAACUGAUGGACAAUUGGUUGGAGAAGCUGUUGUAGAGAUGACAAUUUGUUUUUUAAGAAAAACAUUCGAAGCCGGUCCUAGUCAACUCGUCGUCCGACAAAUGGCCAAAGAGCGAUAUCCAUUCGUGAUUGAGGGGACGAAUGUUCGAAAUGAAAUCCCACCUAAAUUA